CUCAACGCCACCUGUAGCUGCGACUGUCAGUCAGUCUUGCCGUGUGCCAUUGGGACAUACUUCGGUGGAAAUGUCUACCCAUGUGAGUUGGAGGGAUAGCAGUUCAUCGGAAGAGGACAGCCGACCCGAGCGGGAGAGGACGAUGGAUGACCGCAAAACUCAAGUGACUAAACACCAUCAUCCCUUCAGUGUGGAGGCUAUAAUGUCGGGUAGAAACACUCAUAGUGAGUUUACAAGCAAACCCGACAAUGUCUCUGUGGUUACAUUUUCAAAGACUCAGAACUCUCCGUUCCUGUGCAGAGAGACAUAUAGCCCUCCCGAGGGAAUCCGAAAGCACUUUGUCCCACCAUCGCCCGUAAAGUCGGAGUCCUCCGAGCCGGAUGACUGUGCUCCCUGGGUUACGAGCCCAAGAUUCUCAGCGCAAACUCGUGAGUAACUUUUGGAGACUCACGUGAGAGAAUUGAAAUGAAAUUGUAUAUACAAAUCUGCUUCUUUUAAGUAAUUGGAACAGAUUUAGAAUAUUUAUACAUGUGUACUUCUUACCUCACUAUUUAUCAUAACUUUUUAUUUAGAGAUAAAAAAUAAAUUAAAAUACAAAUAAAAUUGACCCAAUGAAUUGGUAUGUGCUGUCUCACAAUAUUGCAUGGCUAUAAAUUCAAUGUAUUUGACAGGGUGUACACUAAAAUGCUUUUUGCAAGUAAUAACUUAUGUAUAGGCCUAAUUCAAUUAGGCUAUAUCUGAAUGCUUGUGUAGAAGAAAAAAUACAUACCAUAACUUAAGUCUUGACAUUCAAUCUAUUAAACCAAUCUGUGAAAAAUAAGUAUUAGGAAAAGCAUUUGGGCAGGCCUGGUCUUCUUUACAACAUGAUUUGAGUUAAUAAAUGGCUUACUGUGGGUCUUACACUAAACUUAAUCUUUAAUUUGAAAACAAUAUUCAACCAUUUGUAUUCUUAAUUUGGAAUAUUAAGAUGUAUUUCUAUAUAUCUUUUUUUGGCAUAUCAGGCAGGUCUUCAAACCCUUAAAUUGAUUUGUGUGCCUUAUUUGCUAUAUCCACAUACAUUUUAGUUUAUGUGGUUUGUGUGUAAUUGUCAGCAUUGCUUAAAAUCAAGCCAACAAAUAACAGUAAUCUCCUCCCUUGAUAUGUGUUUCCAUUACAAUGUUUGACAUUUCCAUUUUACAAUGCACCACAACAAUCUGAGUCUAAACUGUUGACUGGGUCAGAUAUUACAUUUCUGCUCAAAAUUGGUCUAUUUUAUGCAAAGAAAAUGUUAAUUUCAUAUAUGGUCACUCACAUGUACAGCGCUUGGGUAAACUAGUAGACCUAUGUUUAAAUUUCAGAGUUUUAAAUAGCUAUCAGCCUCCAACCAAAUACCUUAGGGCACACUCAAACAGUUUUCUCUCUAACAUUGUUAGAUUAUAUACCAGAAUGAUGUGAUAAUACUACAGACUUUCUACCAGGAUAUUAAGUACAUUUACUUUCUUACUCAAGUAUCCAUUUGUUAAAUUAAAUCUCUCUCUCUCUCUCUCUCUCUCUCUCUCUCUCUCUCUCUCUCUCUCUCUCUGUCUCUGUCUCUGUCUCUGUCUCUGUCUCUGUCUCUGUCUCUGUCUCUGUCUCUCUCUCUCUCUCUCUCUCUCUCUCCAGGGCAGGUGAGUCCUAGCUGUCCACUGAGAAAGCACAAGACCAAUAGAAAGCCUCGUACUCCUUUCACCACCUCCCAGCUGCUGGCUCUGGAGCGUAAGUUUCGUCAGAAGCAGUACCUGUCCAUCGCAGAGCGGGCCGAGUUCUCCAGCUCUCUGACCCUGACUGAGACCCAGGUCAAGAUCUGGUUCCAGAACCGCCGGGCCAAGGCCAAGAGACUACAGGAGGCCGAGCUGGAGAAGCUCAAAAUGGCUGCCAAACCCGUGCUGCACCCGGGCUUUACGUUACCCAUGCCCCUGGGUGCCCAGCUCCACACAGCUGUCUCCCUGUACGGACAGUCUUACCCCUACCACCGACCAAUGCUGCCCCUCUCACCUAUGGGACUGUAUGCUACACCGCUGGGCUACAGCAUGUAUCACCUAUCACGAUGA